CCGCCGCGCGACUUCAGUAGGUCGGCAGGCUCCUUUCAAUAUAAUCAGUGAGGGGGGGCCGAGCUGGGUAAAAAGUCCUGAAAAAUGUUGCCGAACCACAACACCGGGACGGACUGAAUGGAGGCAACGCUGUCAGCUGUCCGGGGGAGAUAAUAAACCCGUCUGCAGUGAAGUGACACUCACCGAGCGGCUUGUUGAGUUCUCCGUAUACGUCCAGCCCUCGGCCUCCCCAUGCCUCCAUCUCCCCUCGACGACAGAAUUGUGGUGGCGCUGCCAAGGCCGAUCCGACCUCAGGAACUCCAACUGCGCCUGGACACCAGCUACCUGGACUCCGUCACCAGCAGCGGCGGCGGCAGCGACGUGGUCAUCAGCACCACCGUGGUGAAGAUCCGGGCGACGGCCAACCUUGUAACGUAUAUGCCCUCAUCCAAGGGCUCCACGCGCUCGUUGUCGUGUGGGUGCAGCAGUGCCAGCUGCUGUUCUGUGACUACCUAUGAGAAGGACAGCCAGAGCCUCAGCCACAGCCAGGUGAGCGCCAGCAGCCCCAACCUCAGCUAUGCCGGGCCCCCCGCCGCUACGGUCGUCAACCACGAAGCACUCAGCGCCCCCGGCCUCGCCCCGGGCACGCCCCUGUCCGCCCCGAGGGUCAUCCAUCCUCACGAGCUGGCCAAACGCAUGAGCUGCUGCCCGCUGGGGCACCCUGUGGGGCCCGUGCCGGUCGUCAUCGACUGCAGGCCCUUCAUGGAGUACAACAAGAGCCACAUCCGCGGGGCCGUGCACAUCAACUGCUCCGACAAGAUCAGCCGGCGGCGCCUGCAGCAGGGCAAGAUCACCGUGCUGGACCUCAUCUCCUGCCGCGAGGGGAAGGACUCUUUUAAGGGCAUUUUUUCCAAAGACAUUGUGGUUUACGACGAGAACACCACAGAUCCCAGCCGGCUGACGUCUUCGCAGCCUCUGCAUGUGGUCCUGGAGUCCCUGAGGAGGGAGGGCAAGGACACCAUGAUCCUCAAAGGAGGCCUUAGCUUUUUCAGGCAGAGCCAUGAAAACCUGUGCGAGCACUCGCUGCACCUCCACGAGGGCCUGGACCCGGGCGCCUCGGCCGGCCUGACGGGGCCUCUACCUCACUCGCUGCCCUCCACUCCGGACAUAGAGAACGCGGAGCUGACGCCCAUCCUGCCUUUCCUCUACCUGGGGAACGAGCAGGACUGCCAGGACAUCAGCCUGCUGCAGCGCUUCAACAUCGGCUACAUCCUCAACGUCACCACCCACCUGCCGCUCUACCACUACGACACGGGCCUGUUCAGCUACAAGCGCCUGCCCGCCACCGACAGCAACAAGCAGAACCUGCGCCAGUACUUCGAGGAGGCCUUUGAGUUCAUCGAGGAAGCACACCGAGCAGGUCUGGGCCUUCUGAUCCACUGCCAGGCAGGCGUGUCGCGCUCGGCCACCAUCGUGAUCGCCUACCUGAUGAAGCACAGCUGGAUGACCAUGACGGACGCCUACAAGUUCGUCAAAACCAAGCGGCCCAUCAUCUCCCCCAACCUCAACUUCAUGGGCCAGCUGCUGGAGUUCGAGGAGGACCUCAACAACGGAAUAACGCCACGGAUCCUCACGCCAAAGCUGAUCGGUCUGGAAACUGUUGUCUGAAUGAAGCACGUGGCCCCGCCCCCUCACCACCACACAGACACUGGCUGCUUUACGAGCCCGUUUCAGUGAAACAGAGAGUCAGGAUAUUUGUUUUGGACUCUCUUCGUCCUCAUCUUGGACUUCCUUCAGCUCCCCCCUUGAGGUCAGAGGUGAAAGUCGGGGCCUURCAGUCCCGGAGGAGAAGACAAGUCAGGUGGAGAAGAAAAGGGGCGGGGUCAAGCUUGCGACCUCAGAGCAGCAAAGCGAGAUGAAAAAUCGAUGGCAGGAACGAUAUUUUUUCAUGCUUGGGGAAGUCGCUUUGAAAAGACUCUUAAAGUUCACACUGUGGCACAUUUUAUGUUUGCAGACUCAGGCAGGGUUAGCCACAGUGGUGCCUGUCUAAAAAACAACAACAAAAAAACUCAAAAGACUUGUUUGGUGUGUUAAUCUUGUUCUAUUUUUAUACAGGGGUUCAAGGGGAUGACCAUGACGAGCCCUCGGCGGCUUACUGUGCAAUAAUUUCAGUGGAAUGCAACUGAUCUUAUAUGUGUAUAUAUCGGUGAUUAAAAAAACAUUUCCAGCUUUUAGCUGAAGACCCAUUUUAUUGUAAUUACUGUCAUUCAGCUCUGUGUUUAUGGUGCAAACAGUCAUGCUGUAAUAUUUGACGCUGAGAGAGUCAGGUAAAAAAAGGAGUUUACUUUUAAGUGCAGCUUAUUGAAAUUUGUUUUUCUUCAUAUUUUCUUCACGUCAGUGUCUUGGUUCUGCCAUGUCUGCGUCCAYAUGUAUUUUUAGCAAUACACACGUUACCAGACAGCCAUAAGAGCUCUCUUUAUGCAUGGCUGCUGGCGUGGGGAGGGGGACACUAAGGCAAUGGGGGGAUAUUGUAAAACAGGGCUGCUGGUGAUGUUUAAUGUAACACAAGGGAGGAUUUUCACUGCCUGCUUCUGUCACUUCUUGUUUGUUUUUGCUCCACUUCAUCCAUUAGCCAGCUCUGUUGCGCUGUGCUGUGUCCACGUUCACUUACAUCUGCUGUUCUUUUGGCAAUGCCCUACUUUCUAAGCAAUUAUUUAACCAGUCUGAAGGUAGCAGAGUUGAGGUUUUGUACUCCGAACACACACUUGUGUCGUCUUGUUGGUUACAGUUUAGCGUGACAGCAGUGGUACUCUCGAGCACUCGACCUUUGUCCGGUUUCUUCUCAGCUGCCCGUCGCUGAGCCCGUUACAGCUGUGAGCUCUUCUGCCUUUCAUAAAGUGGGCAAUCACUGCUGUCA